GUUCAUUUUUCUGUCAAAAUGGCAAAUGUUUAUCACAUUCAGUUCAUUGUGAUGGUGUCAAUGAUUGCGGUGAUUACAGUGAUGAAUUCAAUUGUCCCGCAUCACCGAAAGUGAUCACAUGUUUGAAAUAUGAAAAAGGUGAAUCAGGUAAAAUACAAUCACCAAACUAUCCGUCACCAUACAAUGCCAAUGCGAAUUGUCGUUGGGUCAUCGAAGGACCAAUCAAUUCUCGAAUUCAUAUAACAUUUGAUGCAUUCGAAACGGAAGAAUAUGAAGAUUUUGUUACAAUUUUGGAUGGUGGUCCAGCCGAGAAUUCAUCCGUUGUUAUGGCUAUCAUUUCCGGAUCAAAAAAACCUGAAACAUUGAUUUCAAGCACAAAUGUAAUGGUUGUAAGAUUUAGCAGUGAUGCACAAAUUCAGGCACGUGGUUUUGAAGCAAGUUGGAGAGCCGCAAGUGUCUCAUGUGGUGGUAUUUUAAAAGCUCAACCAUAUGGACAAAUAUUUAGUAGUCCAGAUUAUCCGAAGAAUUAUCAAAAUGGUGUAGAAUGUGUAUGGAAGAUUGAUGCACCGUCAGGACAACUUAUUUCACUUGAUGUAGAAGAAUUUGAUUUGGAAAAAGUUAAUGAUUUCUUGCAAAUUUAUGAUGGUGGCACACCGUUAGCACCGGUAUUAACACGUUUAACCGGAACAUUCACAAAUCCUCAAUUAAUCAUUUCAACUCAAUCACAAUUAUAUAUUUAUUUUUAUUCAAAUUUUGCUCGAAAUGGACGUGGAUUUAGCAUAACAUAUAAGCGUGGAUGUACAAAUCGAAUUCGUCUAGAUAAAGGAAUUAUAACAUCACCUGGUUAUACUCGAAUACCGUAUCCAAAUUCUCAGAGAUGUAUUUAUACUGUAGAAUUACCGGAUGGAAAUUCGGAACAGCCUACAGCAUUUGCUAUUAAUAGUUUUGAUGUUGCAGAAGAUGAUCGUUUAUUGAUGUUCGAAGAAAUAGAAGGUGGUCGAGCUUUACAUCCGGGCGAUGGUUUUUCUGCUAUUUCACGACCUCCGAAAAAUAUUUUUGCACAGACUGGAAUUGUUCAAAUUGUUUUCAUUACUAAUUCAAUCAGGAAUGACUGUCCACCAUUGCAAACACCAAAAUUUGUAUCAUUAUCAACAAAAGCAUCAGCAUUUGGAACAAAAGUAACCGUAUCAUGUCCUCGUGGCUAUGAAUUUCGUACUGGACGUGGACAAAUGUUCGAUAUAACCUGUCAAUUAGGCGGAAAAUGGACUGAAGAUCAUAUUCCAGAUUGUCAACCGGUAUAUUGUUCGGCUGUUCCACAAAUUGCUAAUGGAUUUGCAUCAUCGGCAACAAAUGUUUCAUACGGUGGAUCAGCAAAGUAUACAUGUUAUGAUGGUUUUGAUUUUUCGACCGGUAAAGAAUCAGGUCAAAUUUAUUGCACCGAUGAAGGACGAUGGACUUUACCACCGUCCUGUAAAGCAAUGACUUGCCCUGCAUUGGCACCAUUCUUGAAUGGUGAAAGAAUAUUAGAAUUUGGAGACGGUACUGGUUACGGUACUGUAUUUCGAUUUGAAUGUAUUGCUGGAUUUCGAAGAAUUGGUGCUGCGACACUUCUCUGUCUCUCCACCGGGGAAUGGUCAUUUGCUCAACCGUACUGCAAAAAAUUAGCAUGCACUAAUGUACCAUUAAUAACCAAUGGUAUUGUGAUAACGGGUGAACGAUUUGAAUUUGGUGAUUUGGCUCGAGUUGAAUGUCAACCGGGUUUUCGAACAGUUGGAGCUGAUUCUUUGAAAUGUCUUGCAAAUCAAACACUCAGUGAUGUACCGAAAUGUGAGGAUAUUGAUGAAUGUGCGGAAGGAUCAGCAAUUUGUAAUGUUCAGAGUACGAAAUGUAUUAAUAUGCCGGGUGGUUAUCACUGUCAAUGCCUUUCCGGAUUUCAAGCACAAUUAUCAUGUAAUACAGCUUCAGUUUUAAAUUCCCUUACUGCUGAGGGAAGCAGCGAAAUGGAUGGUUUUCAUGCUAAAGAUUAUGCAACAACCGGUUGGUGUGCAACUCCCAAUGAUACUAAUCGAAAAAUUACGUUUGUUUUUGCUGUGCCAAAAGUUAUCGAACGAAUACGUAUUGAAAAAGCUGCAAAUGGUGCAUAUCCAACAGUUAUCGGUUUGAAAUAUUCAAAUCGUACCGGUGUACCAUUGAUAUCAUUUACUGCUGCUAAUAUUACCGUAAGUUAUGCUAAUAAUAAAUAUUGA